UCCUGUUUUAAAAGGAAUACUACAUUUGAUUAGGAAGAUUCAUUGACCCAAUUACAUCGUCGAGGGGAGAGAAAUUUACAUCGUUGAUCGGCGGUGAUCGGCCAUCAACGACGGACCUCAGAAGAUGAUUGUAUGCGUAGCCGUAGUCGGCCAUCAGAACAAUCCUCUGUACAUACAGAGCUUCACGGAAGGAGAUGAUGCCCUAAAACUUCAUCACAUAGUACACUGCUCUCUAGAUGUCGUAGACGAAAGAGUGAACAAUCCGAAAAAAUCUGGACCGACGCUAAAUGAGACAUUUCUUGGUCUGCUUUAUCCAACUGAAAAUUACAAAGUGUAUGGUUAUUUGACCAACACGAAGGUGAAGUUUAUCCUGGUGACAACAGAUCUUGAUGUCCGAGAUGCAGAUGUGAGAAAUUUUUUCAGGAGGUUCCACUCUGCAUACGUGGAUGCAGUUUCCAACCCGUUUCAUGUGCCUGGUAAAAAGAUAACCUCCAGAACUUUCGCUGAAAGGGUUAGUGCUAUUGUCAAGUCAUUCGGGUUUAGUUCAGCUGGAUGAAAGACUGCUGGCGUGUGUAGGACUGAAAAUUCUCAAAUCAUCUAUAAAACCGGUGGGUUUGUUCACUUCCUUGUUUCUUGUCACUCUGUACCUUGAUUCAUUUCAGCUAUGGGUUGGAGGUAAUUUAGCUUUUAAUCAAAUUUCAUUCCCAAGAAAACAUAUAUACAAGUGACUUUGUAACAUUUACUGAAGUUAUUGUGAUUUUUCUUUUCCCA